UCCAACAUUUCUGGACUCAAUUAUCGCACAACUUUUUUUUUUUUAAUUCUAUUAUUUCGUGGGAUUCAAACUUCAAGUCACCCGUUUUAUUUCUUGCAUCGUUGUUCUCAGCACCACCUUAUUUAUACACUUCGCUGGAGUCGGAAUUUAAACUUUUAUGGUGAGCCUUGGCUAAAAAUCUCCAAUCACUGGAUCCGGUGGAUGUGUUAGUGGAUUAUAACUAGAUCUAGUGCUACACUUGGCCGACUUUCUGCUGGACGGAUACUUGAAGGAAAGUUUCUGUUUUGUGAUCUUGCCGCUGUGGCCACUAUUUGAGUACAUCCGGGCAACUCUCCGGUAAACUUCGCUUCUCUCUUUCCGUCGGGAGCAAGAUUUAGGGUCCGUUAUAAAGUUGGCUCUUUUAUUGAGACAGUGUCCGCACGGCAAGUUUUUUUUUUAUUAAGCCUACAGUUAACGCCUGGAAUAAAUAUUCACCUUGUGUGUGAUUUGAACAUUACUUUGACGGAAGAUUAUUUGUGACCUGUUGAAAGUGACCUAGCACAUCUAGUGUAGGAUUGUGCUCAAUAACUUAGCCUGCUAAUAGGUGCUCCGUAAACUGACCACAUUAUUAACUAGCAAGCUAGAUCCAAGCUUGUUGACCAGAGGCGGCACUUACUAAAAAAUAUUUCAAAUUAUGCCCGAAAUGGCAUCAGUUUGUCCAAGCGGCAGCGGCACCCCGCCUACGGUCUAUGGAGGACGGGGCCCCCAGGGAUUAGGCCCACCUCAUGGAUACUACAACCAUUGCGGAUAUCCAGCUUCGUCACCUCAUGUUCAAUAUUCUUCUGAGCCUUACAGCCCAUUUCAGGGCUCCCUAAAUGACCAGCAGCCCCACCAACAGCACCUCGUUCACCCGCAGCAGCUUCACCACCAGCAGCAACAGCAGCAACCACAGUCCUGGGGCUACGGCCCUGGGAUGGGCGUGAUAAACGGCAGGUCUAGUCACGGCCCCCUAACAGACGAAUGGUCUCAGGGUUAUUUAUUACCAGGCGGGAGCAGCACCCCGAACCAGGGUCAUUACAAUUAUCCAUAUCGCACUCACACUGCACUGGAUUAUGGAUCUCCUUUGCCCUCGGUGCCAGAGUCCAACCACCAGGUCCUGGACUGCUCCCCGUCUCCAGAGGCACCAAUGUCGCCCGGGGAACACUCCGUGAACGGAAUGGGCGGCGCCAACAACCAGGGCGCCAAGUCGCUCAGGCCGCCCUACGAGUGGAUGAAGCCUACGACGGGACUGCCGCAGACAGGUCACUCAUCUUUCUUUUCAGGUAAGACUCGAACCAAAGACAAGUACAGAGUUGUCUACUCAGACCACCAGAGGCUGGAACUGGAGAAAGAGUUUCACUUCAGCAAGUACAUCACCAUCAGGAGAAAAGCGGAAAUCGCAGGGCAGCUUGGCCUUUCUGAAAGACAGGUUAAAAUUUGGUUUCAAAACAGAAGAGCCAAGGAAAGAAAACAAAACAAGAAGCGUCAGGAGCAGUCCGGAGAGCUCGUCACCGUCAGCAACAGCAGCAUGCAAGACCAGCAGCACUCACUGCACCAGGUGAACAGCAUGGACAUGCAUCACCACGCCAUCCCCUUUCCAAAGGCGGAGAAGGAUGACGACUACUCCAUCAAGCAUGAGAUUCCUUGCCACGGACCUUCUCUGACUCCCCUGACGCAACAAGCGCCCCACCUUUCCAUCCACCAGAGCAGCUCCUUGAUGACCCUGCAGCCCGCACUCAUGAGUCGGACCCACGGGCACCCGGCCAUGGCCCGGUAUCACGACGGCGUUCAUAGGUCGUGCAUUUCUCCAACACCCUCCAGCGAGGAGCUCGCUUACAGGAUGAACAAUGGCACCGACUCUGCCGGCAACAGCAUGAAUCUCUCAGGGUCCUCAGACAGCGGCGUGCUCUCAUCACAUUAACAUUUGUGGGCCUCCCUAAUGACAAUAUAUCAAACCCUAACAGGGCAAUCAAACAACAAUUAUUUUUGUAUAAAUAAUCCGGUUAAGUUGGCUAUACGAUGAGCAGCAUAUAUUAUGGAUUUGGACCAAAUAAUUGACAUUUAUUUCCUUUAUUCGCAUUCUCAUUUUUUUUGUCAGGCUAAAUCUGAUCAGGCACAAAAAAAUAAUAAUAAAAAAUAAAUAAAUACACACAUAAAAACUUUAUUUAUUGUCUACAAGCAAUCAUUCUUCUACCCAAGAAAACAGUGACAUUUCAGAAUGGAGACUUAGAAAUGAUUUCUGCUUCAGUUCUUGGCCUGAACAUUGCGUACGGAUGUGAUUUAUUCAUGACACUACUGAUGCUCAAGUUUUUAUUUUUAUCAGAUUCUUUUUAACUACAGCCUAAACCGAACUCUGGUACCACGAUAUCUGAAAUAAUGUAAGAAGAUAUGUGGUUCGUGUCACUUAUUAGGAUGUGAUUGGAAAGGGAAAUGAGUCUGUGUUUAAGGAUAGCGUACGAAGACUAGUUUGAAAUAAUAGACACUAACAUGUCUGUAACAAUAAUGUAAUUGACUACCCCCAUAGACGUGGAUCAAUGUUUAUCUCAUAUAGCCUCCAGGCGCGAAAGGUUCAUAGGAAAAGAUAAACUAUUUGUCAGCUUUCUAGCAAGUCCCGUAAAUCAUAGUCUUGAUUGAUGAAGAUUAAAAAAAAUAUAUUAAGGAAACUUACAAAGAUUGUCUGAUACAAAGUUCGCGUCCUCUACUAUCAGUGUUUGGACAAAAAAUCAAUAAGAAUGUGUGUACAAAUGUUUGUCUAUUUUCUCUGUUAUAAUUUGGCCUGUUGUACACAGAAAAUCUGGCCAUAGGGAAACGAUCCAUAUAGUUAUAAAAUUGAAAUGUGAUUUUAUUUCUACUACAAACCGGCAUUGCAUAAGGCAUGAUAAAUAUCUAGCUGAAUAGGCUUGUAGAGACGCCCUACCAAACUUCCAUUUGUGCUAAACUCCUCGGAGUUAAGCUAGGCCAGGUAAUACAGACAGACUCAAAGUUAGGUCUGCGUUCAGAUUGCUUUGUAUACGGAGGAACGACAAAAAAACAAAAAACAACGAGGACUUAUGUGUGGAUUAUAAUUACAGAUUUGACCAUUGGCUUUGCACUCCCUCCUUUUGAACCUGGCAGGUGUCGCUGGGAAAUGAAACUGAUGGUCUGAUGGUAGGUGUGAUGCUUCAGACCCUCCUCUUGCUGCUUUGCCUCUACUUUAUCAAUCCAGCUUUUCCUAGGCUUUCCUCAUGCCCUGUACCCGAAUUCUCAAAUGUUGUUGGCUGUCAGGUUUGUCCGAAAGUUCGAAAUACGGUGCAGAUGUUUUAUUUUAUUUUUAUCCAUUCUUUCAUAAUUUCAUUUUCAAUUUUUCUUGUAUAUAUAAAAUUACUAUAAAAUUAUACGAAAAAAGCAAGGGUUUAUUUCAAGAUUAUAUUACAUUUAAUAUAAGCUAUUAUUUAGUUUUCAUUUGUUUGUACCACUCUGUCUUUAUAAUGUUUCGUUCUUUUAAUGUAUAUAUUGCGGUCUGUUAACAUUCUUUAAUUAUUCUGCAAACUUGUAUUUGGUGCCUAUUUUCUAAUGUAUCUUCAAACGUUGCUAUAUUGCGUAAGUUUACUUUUAAAAAGUAACGCCUUACGAUGUGCUUAGUUCUUAAUGAGAUAUAUUUGAUACAUAAAACAGAACGGACUCUGGUAAUGUUUUUAGUCGCUCAAAUGAAAGAUAUUUUACUGCUAAUUAAAGUAAAUGGAACAAAGUCA